AUGGGUCGCAGCAAGUUUACGCUAAAGAGAAUCGAAAAUCCGACAUCUCGUCAAGUGAUUUUCUUCAAACGAAAAGAAGGAAUCGUUAAGAAAGCCGGGGAACUUUCUGUUUUAUGUGAUACUGAUGUCGGUCUCAUCAUGUUUUCUCCAUCUGGUAUGCUUACUUGCUUCGCCAGUAGCGGAAGUAUUGAAGAUAUCUUCCUUCGGUUUAUCAGUCGGCCUGAUGAAUUAAAAGGAGGGCCUAUAUGGAAUGAAGAGUAUCUAUGCCAAAGACUGAAGCAGGUUAAGACAGAAGGGGAAAUUAUGGAGAAAAUGGCAAAAAUUGAGAUGCUGGAAGAUAUGUUGUUUAAACUCAACCGUAAGCAACGUGAGGCCAAUGAGAAGAUGAGAUACUAUGACCCGAAUGAAGACAACAUUACGUCGCUAUUUGAGGCGGGAGUGUACCAACAAUUCCUCGAGAAUGCAAUUCAACGCAUUGAAAACUCCAAAGUUAAGCUUCUUCAUACUCAGAUUGUGCAGGAGAAAAAUGGGGAUCAUGUGGAUGUUCAUGAGGUGGUUUCUGCGGAUUCGAACACUGACGAGUUAGGAAACUCUAACUUACAAAGUAAGAUGGUAUGGAGCAAUAUUGAACAUGAGAGGGAGGAAUCUAGGCCAAUGGGACAUCAUUUGAACAUUGAUUUUCUCAAAGCCCAAACGAAUUGGAACUUGGCAGGUCGUGGGCAGGCUUCUACUUCUAACAUAACCCGACCCUCCAUUUAA